AUGGCGCCCAUUAGCACAGUUUCCGCAAAUGGAGCUGCGACAAAUGGCAGCGCCCAUCUUCAAUUAUCUCCAGUUCAAGAUCAGAAAAAGAUUGAUCAGGCCUUGAGAACUUUCCGAUGUCUGAUUGCAGAUCUCUGCGAACAAUUCAAGGGCGGUCAUCCAGGUGGUGCGAUGGGAAUGGCGGCAAUUGGUAUCGCUCUUUGGAAAUACACGAUGAAAUAUUCGCCCACAAACCCAAACUACUUCAACCGCGACCGCUUCGUCCUCUCCAACGGCCACACAUGCCUAUUCCAAUACACAUUCCUCCAUCUUGUCGGUUAUCCCGCGAUGACAAUGGAACAACUUCAAUCAUAUCAUUCGACCCGUACCGACUCAAUAUGUCCUGGUCACCCCGAGAUUGAAAAUGACGGAAUUGAAGUCACAACAGGACCACUGGGACAAGGAAUCGCGAAUGCAGUUGGAUUGGCAAUGGCCACGAAGCAUCUCGGCGCUCGUUACAACAGGCCCGGAUUUGAGGUCGUUAAUAAUAUGACAUGGUGCAUGAUUGGUGAUGCAUGUCUUCAGGAAGGUGUAGCUAUGGAAGCUAUUCAGCUCGCGGGGCAUUGGAAGUUGAACAAUUUGGUUGUUAUCUAUGAUAAUAACCAGGUUACAUGUGAUGGUAGUGUGGAUCUCUGCAACACAGAAGAUGUCAACGCAAAAAUGCGAGCGUGUGGUUGGGAUGUCAUUGAUGUCGAAGACGGGUGCUACGAUGUCCCUGCUCUGACUGCGGCUCUAGCCCAAGCUCGCUCUAACCCAAAGCCAACAUUCAUCAAUGUCCGGACAGUCAUCGGUAUUGGUAGUAAGGUUGCAGGCGAUGCUAAGGCUCACGGUGCAGCAUAUGGAGCGGAAGACGUGGCAUCCAUCAAGACAAAAUUCGGCAUGGACCCAGAGCAACAUUUCGUCGUCCAAAAUGAAGUUUAUGACUUUUUCCGUGACGCGGUACAAAGAGGCCAAGCUUAUGAAAACGAAUGGAACCAAUUAUUGGAACGAUAUGGGAAGGAAUAUCCAGAAUUGCAUCAAGAGUUUUUGCUGAGAGUUGAAGGAAAGAUGACCGAUGACUGGACCAAGAUUUUACCAACAAAAGAGGAGUUUCCUACAGCACCUACGGCGUCACGAAAGUCUGCAGGGCUUUGCUGCAACCCAUUGGCCUCGAAGCUACAGAAUCUGAUAGUUGGAACGGCUGACUUGACUCCCUCCGUUAACAUGGCCUGGAAAGGCAAGGUUGACUUUCAACAUCCGGAUCUGAAAACCACAUGCGGCAUCAAUGGAGACUAUAGUGGACGUUAUGUUCAUUGGGGUAUUAGGGAGCAUGCCAUGGCUUCGAUCUCUAAUGGAUUGGCAGCGUUCAACAAGGGAACAAUCCUACCGGUUACUUCUUCCUUCUUUAUGUUUUAUAUUUAUGCUGCCCCAGGUGUCCGCAUGGGCGCCCUUCAAGGCCUUCAACAAAUCCACAUUGCCACUCACGACUCCAUCGGCACAGGCGAAGAUGGCCCUACACAUCAACCUAUUGCUUUAGCAGCAUUGUACCGUGCUAUGCCCAACCUUCUCUACAUCCGACCAUGCGACAGCGAAGAGACAGCUGGAGCAUUCGUUUCUGCGCUAAAAGCAACUUCCUCUCCGACUAUCAUUUCACUUUCUCGACAGAACUUAGAGCAAUAUCCACAGUACUCAUGCAGAGAAAAAGCCCAAAAGGGUGCGUACGUCUUUGUUGAGGAAGAAGAUGCCGAUGUGACUUUGAUCGGCGUCGGUGCUGAGAUGGUGUUUGCCAUGCGUACACGGGAGCUUCUGCAAGAAAAGUUCAACAUCAAGGCUCGCGUCGUUAGUUUCCCGUGUCAAAGGCUUUUUGAGCAGCAGAGCAUCGAAUAUAAGAGGUCUGUGUUGAAAUACAAGUCAACUCCACGCGUGGUUAUUGAGGCCUACGCUGUGAACGGAUGGGAGCGUUAUGCUGAUGCAGGAUUCUCAAUGUCUUCAUUUGGACAUUCUCUGCCUGGUCCAGCGGCAUAUAAAUAUUUUGGCUUUGAUGAGCAAGUCAUUGCCCCUAAGGUGGCUGAUUUUGUUGCUGAUGCUAAACGGGAUGGCCUUGACUCGUUACGAGGAGAGUUUAGAGAUUUGAAUGAUGGCCACCAUUGA